CAGCUGUCCAGUUUUUCUACAAUUGUGAAUUGCCAAAAAAAGGAACAAUAAUUCCUUGGGGGCCUCAAAGUUAAAUCCUUUUUAUUUAACCUGAUACUAUGUAGUUGGAGGUGUGAUUGAAGUCCAACUAUUAUUGCUGGCUCCUCUUAGAUUUGCUAAAAUUGAGAACUGAAAAGCCCUUUGUAGAUAAUCCUCACUCUUUUAGAAUUUUUGUGGCUUCCCAGUUCUAUAAUUACUGACCCUGAUGGCACACUGCCCCAAAAAUGAGUACUUUGAUAAUUUGCUGCUCUCCUGUAAGCCUUGUCAUCUUCGAUGUUCUAGUACACCACCACCUUCAUGUGAAAACUACUGUGAUAAGAGUACUGAUUCAGGUGGAGUUCUUUGGAUUUGUUUGGGUUUAGGAGUAAUUUUAAUGCUCACUCUGUUCACCUUAAUGAUCUUGUUUAAAUGGAAGCACCUAACACAACUAAAAGAAAAACUGAAAAACACAGACUCUUCUGUGGAGCCGAAUAAUAUUCUCAAGGCUUAUACUGAAAGCAGUGUGAAUACUGAAGGAAUUAGAUACUCAAUUCAAAGUGAAACAUUAAUGUAUUCAGUGGAGGAAUGCACUUGCAGUGACUGUGGCUUGAUAAAACCUCAGAUUGGCUGUGAAACUUCAUUUCCAUUACCAGCUACAGAAGAAGGAGCUACCGUUCUUGUUACCACAAAAUCUUUUGAUUAUUGCAAUUACAUUCUGGGUGCUGGGUGACUAUGAGAGAAGUAUAUUUUUACUGCAUAAUAAUAAAUUAGUUACUCCAGUAUAGCUAUUAAUACUUGCAAACAGUGGAGAAGGCUAGUACAUCAUCCUUAUAGAUCUUCCAUUGAGCUUUCAUUAAUAUUGUCAUAUUAUUUCUGGUACUAGUAUCUCUUUGGUCAAGUAUUUCUACACUAUUCUCAGGUACUAAACUAGUUAUCGGAAUUUUUAAUUUCUGAAAGUCCCUAUGUAGCAUGGCUUUUUCUGCCUUUAGAGAUUAUAUCUACUUAUGCUGGAUAUAUACAAACCCAUCAAUAAACAACUUUGCAAAUA